GGCCCGACACACAGUAGUCCCCGCUGAAUGCCAGGGGGCUGCGAGCGAAUAGAGCUCGUCGGGAGGGAGAAUAACGCGCCGCCUUCCACCUUUGCACCGGUACACUUGCUUGGCCCGGGCUUCGCCACCCCCCCCCCCCCCCCCCGGCUGCUUGCGAUGAAGGGCAGAAAUAAUUGGCAGGCGAACGCCCGGUUUGUCCCUGGCGUGAGGAGGCUGAGCCGGGGAAGAGGAAAGGCCCCCCCGGCCAGGACGGGACUGGCCGGCCGAGUGGUUCGGGACGGAACGGGGGCAGUGACCCGGCGAGGGAGGCACAUUGGGCCGUGAGCGGCUGUCCCCAGGGCCGGCUGCAGCCCGAUUUCCAGAGCAGCUGUUGAGGCGGCUGCACCCUCGGAGCCGCUCCGCCUCCGGACGAGCCCCGGCCCCGACCAGCCCCAGAGGCGGCUCCCUGCCCACUCCUGUGAUGCCCAACCCGUGAAACCAUGGCAGACGUUAAAGUCAAGCAAGAAGCUCCUGAUCCUGUGACUCUGGAAAACAGGAUUUUAGAACUGUGCCAGCAGUUUCCACAAGGAAUCACGGACCAGGUUAUUCAGAAUGAUAUGCCGCAGGUGGAGCCACAGAAAAGAGCAAUGGUUAUCAACAGGCUUCUCUCAAUAGGCCAGCUAGAUCUGCUGAGAGGUACUGCUGGUCUCCUUUACCGCAUAAAAGAUUCCCAGACUGCAAGCAAAAUGAAGGGAUCUGACAACCAGGAGAAGCUGGUUUAUCAAAUCAUUGAAGAUGCUGGAAAUAAAGGUAUAUGGAGCAGAGAUAUUCGAUACAAGAGCAACCUUCCUCUAACAGAGAUCAACAAAAUCUUGAAGAACAUGGAAAGCAAAAAGCUAAUUAAAGCUGUGAAGUCUGUGGCUGCGUCAAAGAAAAAGGUGUACAUGUUGUAUAACCUGCAGCCAGACCGAUCUGUGACUGGUGGAGCUUGGUACAGUGACCAGGACUUUGAGUCGGAGUUUGUGGAAGUGUUGAACCAACAGUGCUUUAAGUUCUUACAAAAUAAGGCUGAGGUGGCUCGGGAGAGUAAACAAAGUCCUAUGGUACAAAGGAACAGUUCAUUUGCGUCAUCUCAUGAAGUGUGGAAAUACAUCUGUGAACUGGGUAUCAGCAAGGUGGAACUGUCAAUGGAAGACAUAGAAACCAUUUUGAAUACAUUGAUAUAUGAUGGGAAGGUAGAGAUGACUAUAAUAGCUGCAAAGGAAGGCACUGUCGGUAGUGUGGAUGGACAAAUGAAACUGUAUAGAGCUGUCAAUCCCAUCAUCCAGCCCACUGGCCUGAUGAGGACGCCUUGUGGGAUGUGCCCAGUAUUUGAUGAUUGUCACGAAGGUGGGGACAUUUCUCCUGCGACUUGUCUAUACAUGACAGAGUGGUUAGAGUUUUAACCAAUAUAACAACAAAAGGAACAUUAAAGCUUGGAUGAUGGACCAUUUUAGAUUUACGAACAGUGCGUUUUGGAGGAUUUGUAUCAAGUCCAUGGCACUGAAGCAGCCCAUUCAGCCCAAAUGGUUUAUGCUCUGUGAGCUUCCUUCCAGCCUUGUUCAGCAGACCCAUCGCUCACUCUUUCAACUGAUAAUCUUGCUAACCAUUAUAUUUACUGGAACCAAGAGAGAGUUCUACAGGGGACAGGGGUGUGGACAGACGUGAGAAGAUGCCAGAGAAAAGAAGCAAAGUACUUGAAUCCCAUUUUUUAAUUUAAUUUUUAAAUCUACAUUUCCUUCUUACCCACACAAUUCUUGAUUCAACAAUUUACUUGUAAAAAUAAGUCAUGAAAAUCUAAUAAAAUGUUUACUGUUUCGAA